CUAUUUACCUCGCUCCUGUAUAUCACAUUUCGUGUUGUUGAAUGGCGGAGGGAGUGCGAUGUUAGCCAUGGGGUAAAGCUGAGGCAUAUAAAUGGACUUUUGGCGAUUAUUUGUCAUGUAAUCUUCAUAUUCGUCUUCAGUUUACCUUUCAUGGCACUUUUAAACUCACCAAACCGGUUUAUUUAUUUGCUGGUAGUCAUUUGCAGUAGCGAGCAAGCUAACAAACUAACGUUACCACAAUAAGUAAUAAAGGCAAAGACAUUUAAAAUAUAGACAAGUGACGCUACGUCUCUGUUUCGCGUCCGAUCGGGCAGGUUUCGUCUUGUUAAUCUUCAACAUUUGAUCUCGGAUUUACGGAGAGGCCUGUAAAUGGAUCCAGCGGUUUUGCGUGAAAGCCCUGCGGGUUCAGGAGCACCUUCAGUGGAGGAGAGCGGAGGAAAUCAGCCGGAGGAUAGCAGAGAAGCUGAUGGGGAAUCCGAGGAGACAGAGAUGGAGAGAACUACAUGUCAAGAUGAAAACUCACUGCAUGGAAAACUGACUGAGGAGGAAUUAGAUCCUAGAAUCCAGGAGGAACUGGAGCGUCUGAAUGAGGCCAGUGAGGAGAUCAACAAGAUGGAACUGGAACUGCAAGAGGUUCGGUCCAGCCAUAGGAGGAUGAUGAGUGAAUCUGUGCUUAAACUCAAGGCGAAAAGUUCAGAACUGGGGUCCUGCAUCGAGAAGGCCAGGCCUUACUAUGAGGCACGAAGAAAAGCAAAAGAGGCCCAGCAGGAGACCCAGAAAGCAGCGCUCAGCUUUGAGAGAGCAGUGUCCAUGCACUUGGCUGCUCGAGAGAUGGUCCACGUGGCUGAACAGGGCCUCACUGCAGUCAAGACGCUGGAUCCAACCUGGCAAGAGAUGUUGAAUCAUGCUACCUCAAAGCUGCCGGCCUCCGCUCACUCAAGCCACCGGCUCUUUGCUCUGAAAAUCAGGGUCCCUGCAGCUGAGCAUGUUCAAAACAUGUUUUUGCAGGAGCACAAGUCGAAAAUUUUACAAUUAGAGGAGCGCAUUUCCAAAGCCAAGUUAAAUUAUUCCAGCACUCUGCGCCACCUGGAGCAAAUCAGCGAGGAGAUUCAUGCCCAGAGGGAGCAGGACCAAACAAAGGAUGGACCAAUCAAAACGUGCAGUGGGCGGAGCCCUCCUGUAGGAGCAGAGACAAUCAACAGCACAGGUACCGAAGGCGGAGCCUGCGGAGGCUACCUGAGACCAAACGAUUGGGUGGCUGGAAAAGAGGACGUGGCUAAUACCAGAGAGUGGGUGGAGACACAUCAGAACUCCAGGUGGGUGGACAUGGGAAGAGCAGAGGUGACACGAUCUGGUUCAGACUCUCUUUCCUUCGUCAGCCUCCAGACCAUCAUCUCUGAUCUUGAAAAGUGUGACUCAGUUGAACACCUGGGCCGCCUCAGCAGUGACAUCAGUCUCUCAGGGGAAGAAGGGGAGAGAGACGGGAUGGAGAAUGAUAAAAAGCUAGUGAGGCAAAUAAACGCAGACAUUUCAGAGUUCCUCAAACAACACAUAAGAAGUGUCAGUUUAUGAGUGCGUCCAUGAAUAAUGCUUUUUCUAAGUUUUCCUUAGGCUGGCUGCACACCCGAUUUGCAUCCCUGAACGAUCGGGGGGGUGUGGCCUGAUUCGCGGCUUGUCGCAAACAAUUUUUUGUCCAAAAAAUCCUCUAUUGUGUGGUGUCAUUAUGAUUAUUUAUCUGCUCCCGA